CCAACAUCAGAACAGUAUAUGAAUAUGGCAAAUGCUGUUUUGACAUCAUUUCCUGCCAUCCUGAGAAACAGUGAUCUCGAGGAGCAUGAAUUGCAGCUGCAAUGGAAAUUGCGCAUCCAGCGCAAGUUUCAGAAUUCAAGAAAGAGGCAGGAUUCCAAAGUGACUGAGGCGACGUCAAGGAAAAAGAAGAUCCCUUGCAUAGCGCCAAAAGAGACUACGUGUCUACUGAUGUAUGGAGUAAAGGCUUACCUUCCACCAAGGCCCCAUUCAGAAGAUGAUGAGUCAUUAGAGAGACAUAGACAGUGGCUUGCUCUACAUUGGAUGAAGAAAGAUCCCGAGUUAGAUAAGAUAAUCAAGGAGUUCCUGAGAUUAGAACCACAAGCGGAUGAACCAGACCCAAGAGUAGCAGUUUUGAAAGGGCUGGAGAAAUAUAGGCUCCCAAUAAUUGCCAUUCUCAAAAAAAGAAAAGCAGUUCCUCUGUAUAUGGAAACCUUACUUGAACUCUAUGGCCACGAUGAAAGUCAAUAUGCUUGCUUAGUUAUAUUGGGGUUACUUCACCUGCUUGGAGAAAGGAAAGACUCCAUUUUUACUAAGGUACCAGAAGAAGAACUAAGAACAGGGCAGUCUAGUGUGUAUUUGAUGGUGCACCUGUAGCUGAACCAACAUGUAUUUCUAUGGCUGUAGUCUCAUUGGUAGCAGGGCUUUGUGUUUAAUAUUGAACACCCAAAAAAUUGUGAACAUUUCCUCCAUUUCACAACAUCCCAUCUCUUAGGUAUCAAGUAUGACAAAGGUAACACUUCAAAAACAAGAUCUCUACUUGUAAAACUCAAUGAAGUAAAGACAGAAUUGAGCUACAAAAAUGCAUAAAUCUACUUCCAAAUAUAUUCAACUCCACACAUAAUGCCUCUCUCUCUCUCUCUCUCUCUCUCUCUCUCUCUCUCUCUCUCUCUCUCUCUCUCUCUCUCUCUCUCUCUCUCUCUCUCUCUCUCUCUCUCUCUCUCUCUCUCUCUCUCUCUCUCUCUCUCUCUUUCUCUCUCUGUCACACACACACACACACACACACACACACACACACACACACACACUAGUCAAUUACUAGUUAAAGAUUAAUCAGUGAAAUAAAUACAUAACAUUAUGUUAAUAAGUUUUCUAAAAGGAAAAGGAAAUACUUGUACUUCUCCUUCCCCCCAACCCAGUAUUCAUGAAAUCUUACUGAAUUGUUCUUAUGUUUUAUAUAUAUAUAUAUAUAUAUAUAUAUAUAUAUAUAUAUAUAUAUAUAUAUAUAUAUAUAUAUAUAUAUAUAUAUAUAUAUAUAUAUAUAUAUAUAAUGAAUGGAGAGUAGACUCUCUCUCUCUCUCUCUCUCUCUCUCUCUCUCUCUCUCUCUCUCUCUCUCUCUCUCUCUCUCUCUCUCUCUCUCUCUCUCUCUCUCUCCAAAUUGGGAAGUAUUCUUCAUGUACCAUAUGAUGCAUAUAUUUUUUUUUUUUAUAUGCAUUUUUUACCUUUUUUUUUUUUUAUUUCUCUAUGUUAUUGCAAAUGAUACAUGAAGCUUCUUUAUUACUGUUCUGAGCAUUUCUGUAGAUUUGUUUAGUUAGUAUAUCCCAUAGAAAUACUCAUUUUCUUUUUUUGUGUGGCUUUAAAGGAUUAAUGGUGACAUAUGGAUAUGAUCUGGGUUAAAAGCUUGUACAAAUAAGGUUAAAUGUCUAUUUUUGCACUGGUUGUUUCCCUAAGUUUCUUAAAAGUACUGUUAUAUAAUGAUUAGCAGUGGACUAAUUAAUUAUUCUUUACAGGGUCUGUAACUCCUUACAUUUAAUUUAUGUUAACUUUACUUACAUAUUUUUUCCUUUAGUUUAUGAAUGGGAGGAAGGUUUAAUAUUCAUAUCUUAAGAGAUGCUUACUUUCUUUUCCACAUUGCAAGUUUUAGUGAUUAAUACUCACAAAUGUGUAUUAUUUACUUAAUGGCUUGUCAAAACAGAUUGUUUUGUGUUGCUUUUUUUUUUCUCAUGCUAGGAUGAAGUGUUAGUAAUGGAGUUUAUUUUUUACAUCUGUUUUAUAUAUCAUUACAGUUUUGAGGGGAGCUUUCUGUUAAAUGUUCAUGUGAAAAGCAUAUUAUACUAUAGAUGAUAAAAAUUAUAGUGUUUAUUUAUUUUUUUUUUAAUGCAAUGAAAUGGAGGGAACAUUUAAUUGUAUAUGAAUAUAUUGAAUUUAUUA